AUGGGUGGUUUCGGGGCGCAGCAGUACAGGGCGGAGGAGGUGCGAUUUCUGGAAGUGUGGGACAGGGUCCGGAAGCGAAGCAGCUAUGGCAUACGGGAAAGCAGUGGUAUGCUUGAGAAUCUGAAGCAGUACUAUGAGCUGGCAAAGCGAACCUGCCCGAGCAGUGCCGAUCGUGAACUCUACGAAAUGGUCUACUGUGUGCUGCAUGAGAAACUGGUCGAGAAAGCGAAUGGCGGGGACGAAUCGAGAACUCCCGACAAAGUGUCAUCGUGCGCCAGUGAUUCGGGAUAUGGCUCAUUCUAUUCCUGCACAACACCGCCGAUUAAGGUGACGCCGGAACCGAGUCUGAAUUUGGAGCUGACACCACAGCGACGAAAACUGGGCAAACGUCGUUCACGUAAAAUUAACUUACCGGACCCGGCCGAGACAGCAGCGGUCAAGCAAGAGCACUUCAGUGAUUUGAGUGAGGAAAUGAGCAAGAAGAGAAGGCCCUAUCCGAUCUUGGCCACUGCACUG